UUUAGUACAGUUGGAUGGCGGAGGAGUUUCUCUUUCCGACGGAGGGCAGCAGUUCCGUCUGAGAUGCGACUUACAGCCAGCUGAAGAAAGCACACUGGUUAGAUGAAGAGGGAGGAGAAGAAACAAGGUCGAUAUUCGCCUCGAUAUCGGAAAGAGACUGACUUUGUUGACAUACGAUUUGUAGCGAGUUAACCUUUAACGUUACACGGCUGGCAACAAUGUGCGUCGGAAAAGCCCCCCUUGUUCAUUAAAGCAUCACUGGCACACGGUUGAAAGAAGCGAAUCUCCUCACUGGAAAGCCUGAAAGCAGCUCCUAUGUUGGGCAGGACAGUCGUGAGCAGAGGCGUUACUGCCCACCGCCUCAGCAAGAAUGUCACUUUCUACGUUAAUGAAGUAGCAUCUCCAGCCUCGGGAUGUCAGCCCCCAGUCUCCGAGGAACAGAAACCUCUUUUGCUGAUGCUGCCAUGGCUUGGUUCCCGACCCCAAGCUCUGGCCAAGUAUUGUGAAAUCUACUUCCGCACUGGCUUUGACGUGCUUGUAGUAGAGAGUGAGGUCCAAGAGUUCCUGUGGCCUCGCUGGGGUAUGGAACAUGGAAAGAGGUUGCUGGAGUUGCUCCAGAGCAAACGUUUUGUCUCUCGCCCACUGCUCGUCCAUGCCUUCUCUAUCGGUGGCUACACAUUUUCUCAGCUGCUGGUACAUGUGUCUCAGGACACGCAGAAAUAUCAGGCGCUCAUACAGAGGAUCAAAGGCCAAGUCUUCGAUAGCUUGGUGGUGGGCUCUUUGGAGAACAUGGCCAUAGGUCUUGGUAAGACUGUAUUUCCACGUUGGGAGACACUGGUAAAACAAAUAAGCCUGUUGUACUUUGGAAUAUUCAGACGCCAAACGGUGGACUACUUCAACAAGGGCAUUGAGGUGUUUUGGAACACUCCCGUCACCGCUCCUGCACUGUUCUUUUUUUGUGAGAACGAUGCAAUGAGCGACCCACGAGCUAUGGAGGAAGUGAUUGAUCUAUGGCGGAAGCGCGGAAUGGACGUCACAGCGAAGAAGUGGGAGGAAUCAACACACGCAGGUCACCUAAAGAGGCACCGACAAGACUAUCUGACCACCCUAGACAUGUUCUUACACUCACUCAGCAUCGUCCCACUGAAGGCCAAGAUGUGAGAUGGUUUUAUUAAAACAUAGUGACAUGUUAGCUUGACUUUUCUUGUUUUCUGUGUUUAAACUAAAAUGCUUGUUUUGGGAAAAUCUAUUUAUUUAAUUAUGUAAUUUAAACAUUAAAAGAACACAUGUCUGAUCUCGGUUGGACUACAUUCUCCAAACACUGUAGCUGGCCCCAGACCACAGUUUCCAAAGCAAAUGUGUUGAAUACUGUUGUUCAUUUGCAUUUUACAGAUAUGCAAACACACACACACACACAUAUAUACAUUUCUGGCCUCAUUAGUUCCUGGUAAUAGACAUCUCGUUUUGCAUUAUCCCUUAAACACACACACACACAUGCACAUACACACACAGAUAUAUAUAUAUACUAGUUGUAUGACUCGGUACAGAUAUGUAAAACAGAUAACACUGGAGUUCCUGGUAAGCUUGGAAAUCAAUUUGUCUGAGCUCGGACACACAGAGUCCCAUUGUCUAAUUUAUAUCUAAAUGCACCCCCCUUGUUAUCUUGGAGUGAGAAUACAGAUGCUUCAAGUUUGAAAAAGAAAACACCUCCAAGGUGUUCAAUUCCAAAUCUCUUGCCAGUUGCAGAGAUUUAGUUGAUACUAGCUCUACCAAUAUUAACUGUGUUUUAUCAUGGUUUUUAUUGCGCCACAAAUCGCCACAUGUAAAUCUUGCUGCUUCUAAUUUCUAUUUAGUACAGUUAACAUUACAUUAUGUUCAUAAAAUAUUGUACAUUUGCUGUCUAUAUAUAUAUAUAUAUAUAUAUAUAUAUAUAUAAGUUGACUGUGACAGCGAACACAGGGCAAUGAAAUUUGACAUGUUACUUGUGAAACCAGCCAGUGUCUAUCAUUGAAUGCAGUAUUUUCUAUUAUGUCUGAGACAAAAUAAUUUCAUCUCAAACAUCUCGAGGGACCAUUGAUUCUUUUGAGGGUCUGCCAGUGCUUAGAAGAAUAUUUCUUCUUCCACUAGAAAUUCCACCAUGUUGGUGUUUGUAGAUGGUGUUUGUAGAUGGUGCUAACACUAUAUGAUAAUAUUCUUGAGACGGAUGGCAUAAUAAACCGAAGUGGUAAAUCUGUACAAAUGAAUGGUGCUUUCACAAUCUACCAAAACAUUAAGGGGGUAACGACUUCAACUUGAAAACUGUUAAUGUCUGCUAAAUAGUGCCUCUAAUACUGUAAGUUCUGUGUCUCAUAACUUGAACAAUGGUUUGAUUUGUGCAAUUAUAAUGAAAACAUUUUUUGUUUACAUGUUACAUGUCUCUAUCCUUGUGUGUGGUUUGCAAAUAAAUGUAAAGAGAUCGUG